AUGGCACCAGUCACAAUUCAUAGAGUAGUGGUCGUUACGCUUUUUCUUCCUCAAACUGUAUCAUUUCAGGUUGCAAAUGACAAAUUGUCAAAACCUGUUGAUUUAAACCUUAUUGUUCCAAAACCUAACCUCAUUGAAGGUUUGGCUGCCAAACAUCUUAACCUGCCACCAACUCCUACUCCACGUGAAGAAGAUCCAAUAGACAAACUUUUUUCUCCAAAACCUGAUCAACUAAAUCCUUUAGCUCAAAAACCUCCUAGACCUCCUUUGACUCAACCUCGUAGUCGGGCUCAACGUCAAGACUCGGGAAGUAAAAAUCAACAAGAUCAAAGGGAUUUUUCCGUCCUUAAGCCCAGAAGACGUCGGUCACUUAGUAAUAGUCGAAUAUUUGCUGAGGCUCCUUGGACUUUUGAGCCAGGUCCACAAGGAAACAUUGGUUUGCAAAAUGCUAUAAAAACGAUUGAAAAUAAUUUGGUGAAACGUAUUUGGGUUGGUACAUUGGGUAUGCCAACUGAUGCUCUCACUGUGCGAACACGUGAAGAAAUUAAGCAGAAAUUACUGCAAGAACAUGAUUCAGUUCUUGUGUUAGUUGAAGAUCAUGAAUUUGAAGGACAUUAUAAUCAAUUUUGUAAACAAGUUCUUUGGCCCACUUUUCAUUAUGUGUUACCAGAUAAUCCAAAAAGUAAAGGAUUGGAUGAACAAGAUAAUUCUUGGAAACAUUAUGUUGCUCUUAAUCAAAAAUUUGCAGAUUCAAUUGUUGAAAUUUAUGAACAUGGAGAUAUUAUUUGGGUAAAUGAUUAUCAUUUAUUAUUGGUUCCUGCAAUGGUUCGUAAAAGACUUCCUAAUGCAAUGAUCGGUUUCUUUCUUCAUAUACCCUUUCCAAGUUCUGAAGUAUUUAAAUGUUUACCUGUACGUAAAGAAAUUUUAGAAGGUGUUUUGGAUUCUGAUCUUAUUGGGUUUCAGACAGAAUCUUUUUCACGUCAUUUUCGAAAUACAUGCUCCCACUUGUUGUCAUUAGAAACCACGCCACGAGGAAUUCAACUUGAAAAUAAUUUUGUAUCAAUUGGCCUUUUCCCUAUAGGGAUUGAUGUAGAAAGUUUAAAUGAAAAAAGAAAAAACUCUGAAGUUAUUGAAUGGUGUAAAGUUCUUAAAGAAAAAUACCAUGGCAAAAAAUUGGUUGUUGCUCGUGAUAAACUUGAUUAUGUUAAAGGUGUUCGACAAAAGAUGCUAGCUUUUGAAAGAUUUCUUACAAUACAUACCGAAUGGCAAGAAAAGGCUGUCCUGAUUCAAGUAGCAACUUCCACUACUGAACAAAAUGAAUUACAAAGCCAAGUUUCCGAUGUAGUCUCUCGAAUAAAUUCAAAAUUCAGUAAUUUAGCCUAUCAGCCAGUUGUAUAUCUUCAUAAAGAUAUCACUUAUAGCCAAUACCUUGCACUUCUUACAGCUGCUGAUGCAUGUCUCAUAACUUCAUUACGUGAUGGUAUGAAUUUAACAUCACAUGAAUAUAUUUUUGCUGGAACAUUUGAUUACUUUAGUAAAGCUAUUCGGAUUAACCCUUGGGAUUAUCGAGAAUGUGCUGAAGCUAUUCAUGAAGCAUUGACAAUUUCUGAAUCAAAUGCUGAUGCUAAAUGGAAGGCUCUAUAUUCACAUGUUACAACGAAUAAUUCUCAACAUUGGGCCGAAAGUUUUAUAACUGAAUUGGAAAAGGUGCAUAGUGAUAUGCAAAGAAGAUAUUCAAUUCACAUUCCUCAUUUAGUUCCUAGAUCCUUUUCAAAUGAAUUUGCUACAGCAAAAAAAAGAUUGUUUUUAUUGGAUUAUGAUGGUACAAUUGCAGCAUACGAAAGAUCACCGCCACAAGUAUCGCCCUCAACACCAUCCGCUAAACUCAUUGAAGUUUUAACAAAACUUACAAGUAAUCCACGUAACUAUGUUUAUAUAAUGAGCGGAAGGACAGUAAAGAGAUUAGAGGAAGAUUUAGGUUCAAUACCUAAUUUGGAGAAUGGAGCUUUUUUGAAAUUAAUUGGUGAUAGACGUAAAUGGGAAGAAUUGUUCUCUGAUAUAGAUAUGAGUUGGAAAGAACAAGUUAAUGAGAUUUUUGAGUAUUAUCAUGAAAGAACUCCUGGUACACUUAUCGAACAAAAGGAAGUUUCAUUGGUUUGGCAUUAUAGAAAUGUUGAUAAUUUAUCAUAUGGUUCAUGGCAAGCAGCUGAAUGUCAAAAUCAUAUUCAAGUUUCUUUAGGCUUAAUAUAUAUGAUUCAUGCUAUCGCAGGAAAUAAAACUAUAGAGGUUAUGCCAAAAGAUGUUAAUAAGGGUGUUGCCAUAGCGCGUAUUCUUGAAAAUUUAACGCCAGAUUUCAUUUUGUGUAUAGGAGAUGACAGAACAGAUGAAGAUAUGUUUGAUUAUUUAAAUAGAUUAACAAACAUUAAAACAGUGAUAACAUGUACAGUAGGAUCUAAAAGUACCGAAGCAAACUUCUUUAUUGGUGGCGUGUCAAGUGUAUUGAGUUGUUUAGAAAUGUUGACUACGGAAGAAUUUAAUAUUAUUUAG